AUGGAAGCCGCAUCAACCUGCUUGCGUGCCCGAAACGCAUGCUGCGCUCGCCGGACACGCUCCCUGCGUUUCUGCGGCAAAUUAGCGAAGAGUCAAAUGGGAGAGACAGCACAAAUUACCUCUGCGGCAACAUCUCCAUCGAACUCUUUGAGAGGUCGACCUCUUUUCUUCGUUGUUCUUUCCAUAUUUCCAACUGGUGUUAGAAGAUGCAAUCUGUCCUCGCUUUCGAGUCAGGCCAUAGAAAUGCGAUUUGGGCUGCUCCAUGCAACUCCUCAGACUAAUCUCGCUGCCAGCGCCACCUCUCCCAGGCACUCCGGCCCGUUGUACUUCAGAAGCGAUGGAACAAAACCUAUUGAUCAAUGGCAGUGUCAAAACCAACAGCACAUGUCAACGAUUUCGCUUCGCUCGGGCUACUCAGGCGAUUUUAAUACUCUCCGACUCGCAUCACCAAUUCAUACCUCAACCACUAUUUUGAGAGAUUUCGCCGCGGAAGGGUUAUAUUUCCCGUUCAGAUUCGGUGAUAAUCUCAAUUCACCUCAUUGUGCUGCCAAUGAGGCUGGCACUCAUGUGGGAUAUAUAUUCCUUCAUUCACAGCCUAAUUCUUCUCUCUCCAGUCCUCCAGCCUCUAUCUCUAUUCUAUUAUUUCCUAAAUUUACUCCAAACCACUCAAUUCUUGAUGCGCUCACACGGCCGCAUCAGUUCACACCGACCAUGCACCGCGCUGUCUAUCCAGCCAUCUCAUCAAAGAAUCCUAAACUCAAUGCAGCUGGAAAAAAUGUCCUUGUUACUGGAGCUACGCGCGGCAUAGGCAAGGCAAGUUCCCCCAACCUUCAGGCCGGCGCAUCCGGAAUCGUCAUCACUGGCCGAGCGAAAGACCUUCUCACUCAAGUCUCAGACGAGAUCAAACGUAUUGCGCCAACAGCAAAGGUAGUCGCAUUGACAUCCGAAGCUACGUCCGAAAACGACACAAAGAGGCUGUGGGAGAAAGUCAAAGCUGAGAUCGGCGUCAUCGACGUGCUCAUCUGCAAUGCUGGCGUCUUUGGCGAGAAUGAUUUGGGAAUGCCAGUUACAGGAAAGAUUAGCCCAUCUCAAUGGUGGGAAAAUAUGGAAGUCAACAUCCGCGGCCCGUACCUUCACAUCUACAACUUCCUCCAACAGUUCAUUGUCAUUGGCAAAGAACCAACUGGAACAAUCAUCAUCCUCAGCUCUGGCGUGGCCUCGAUGAUUAUCCCCGGUGCCUCUGCGUACACCAUCAGCAAGCUUGUCGGCCUGAAACUCGCAGAACAGUUGAACGCUGAACAUCCAAAUGUCCGCUCUUUCGGCAUCCAUCCUGGCUUGGUCCGGACAAAUAUGAAAAUCGACGCGUUUGAUGCAAUGGCUAUUGAUCCUCGUAAGUUUCCCGUUUCAACCGAAAUGACUGGCGGUCUAUCAUUAUAUCUCUCCACACCGCGUGCUGACUACCUCCGUGGGGGCUAUGUGACUGUGAACUGGGAUGUUGAAGAGAUGGAGAAACACGCAGAAGAGAUUAAAGAGAAGAAGCUUCUAGGCACUUCGUUCCUCAACGCUAAGUUGGGCCCUGAGGGACAUCCUUUUGAGGGCUCGACUUGA